AUGGGUAAAGUGGUAAAGAAGGCACAGGAGUCUGGUGUGAAUAUGGAACAGCCAACAUCAAGUACAAAACAGAAGGUGAAGACCCCAUAUCAGUCUAAAUCCAGAGGUGUUGGCAAGGGCCUGAAGACCACAGGAAAGGCAAAAAGGCCACUUCAGGGGACUCCAAAUAAGAAAGUUCGUGAGAAGACCAGCACUCCUGUGAAGAAAACUAAGAAGACCAAAGGAACAACACUAUUUGGCCAUUAUCAUCGACUGAAUGAAAAGCUCAGUAAAAGUGACCCCAAGGAAGAAAAAAAGAAUGUGGAGAACUCUACAGUUUCAAGUGAUGGCCAGGGUAACUGA